CUCGAACACUUGCAUUCGUUCGGAAUCGUGCAUCGUGAUGUCAAGCCUGCGAACAUCCUCGCUUGCUUGGACGAUCCAUCACGCCUGAAACUGAUAGACUUUGGCAUCGCUAAGCCGUUCCAGCGCAGUGGCUCGCCCACUCAAUACGACCCUAUCAAGGAGGAUAGGAUCAUUGUCGGCACAUUGCAUUGGGCCAGCCUGAACUCUCACCGGGGAGUCGACCUCUCUCGGCGAGAUGACCUUGAGUCUCUUGCUUACGUCGGCCUUUUCCUGCUUCGUGGAGACUUGCCCUGGCGAGCGGAGCACACCGAGUCAAAGGCGUACUUGUAUGAGGGCGAAAAGCAUGCAAUGAUGCGCAUACAUGCUGCCAAGGAGGCAUGCAAAGGCUCGGUGCUCGUACGCGCUGGCUUCCCUGAAAUCGGCGGCUUCUUGGACUACAGUCGGUCUCUCGGCUUUUGUGAAACUCCCGACUAUCGCACCUGGAGGCAACGAUUCGCUACUCUUGCUCAACGGUCUGGUUGUCGAUCGUCGAGCGAACCGCUUGACUGGACACCAUGCGAUGUAGAGCGGAUUAAAAGCGUUAUGCCUACGGAUCGCACACCCCCUCGGCCAGACGACGCAGCGGGUCCUUCGGGGCCCAGGGAUCCGGCAUACACUAACAGCUACUACGCCAUCGAUCCUUGGGGUGGUAUCGAAUAUUGGGAUGACCGGCAGUAUGAACGGGACAAUGACCUCACACUGCCCGCGGGGUACGAUGCAAAGCGGCUGGAUGCGUGCCUUCCCAGCAUCGUCAUUCACCCUGAACCACGGCCAUGA